GUGUAACACCACACCGGAGAAGACGCUUGCAUCCCUUCAUUGUACAUUCGUUUUAGCUUCGUUUAUUCUUCAUAACAUAUCUUUAAUUCUUCGUAAAUGAGUUGCAGCGGAGACAGCGAUGAUGACAGAGGCUGUAAACGGAAGGUGGCUUAUGUUUACAGCCCGGAAUACAUCUUGACUUGCGAUAGUUUAUCCAAAGUACCGAACAGGGCAAGUAUGGUCCACUCACUGAUAGAAGCCUAUGGACUCCUUAAACACAUGAGCGUUGUGAAACCUCGGGUGGCCACCAUCGAGGACAUGGCCAAGUUCCACACAGACUCUUACCUGGAGCAUCUUCACAAGAUCAGCCAGGACGGAGACAACGAUGACCCGCAGUCCGGAGACUACGGCCUGGGUUACGACUGUCCGGUGGUGGAGGGGAUUUAUGACUAUGCCGCAGCAGUAGGGGGCGCUACACUGACAGCUGCUCAGUGUCUGAUGGACCAAAAGUGUGAAGUGGCAGUAAACUGGGCAGGAGGCUGGCACCACGCAAAGAAGGAUGAGGCGUCAGGUUUCUGUUACGUGAACGAUGCUGUGCUGGGAAUCCUCAAACUGAGGGAGAAGUUCGAGAGGGUCCUGUAUGUGGACGUGGACCUGCAUCAUGGAGACGGUGUGGAAGACGCCUUCAGCUUCACAUCCAAAGUCAUGACCAUCUCGUUUCACAAGUUCUCCCCCGGCUUCUUCCCAGGUACGGGCGACCUGUGUGACACGGGGCUGGGUAAAGGCCGCUGGUACGCCGUGAAUGUCCCGCUGGAGGACGGCAUCAAGGAUGACAGAUACUACCAGUUAUUUACCAGCGUGAUGCAGGAAGUGCGGGCGCAGUUCAACCCCGAGGCCAUGGUCAUGCAGCUGGGGGCCGACACCAUGGCGGGGGACCCCAUGUGUUCCUUCAACAUGACCCCGGUGGGGGUGGGCAAGUGUCUGCAGCAUGUCCUGCAGUGGCAGCUACCCACGCUGCUGCUGGGAGGAGGAGGUUAUAACCUGGCGAACACGGCCCGCUGUUGGACCUACCUGACGGCGGCGGUGCUGGGAAAGACUCUCUCCUCCGAGAUACCAGACCACGAGUUCUUUACGGAGUACGGACCCGACUACUCGCUGGAGAUCAGCCCAAGCUGUCGGCCGGACCGCAACGACAGCAAACACCUGGACCAGGUCAUCAGCACCAUCAAAGGGAAUUUGAAGAAUGUGGUUUAGGAGCCGACAGCCUCAGCCUCCUCCUCACACACACACACACACACACACACACCCCAUGUUUCCUAACCAGGUCGAUGUUCGGUGGCUUUAAUGAAGACAAUAUGGAGCGGACCCCUUCGGCCCCGAGGCACGGAGCGAACAAGGGAGGCAGGAAAAAGAGAGCAAGAGAGGGGUUUGGAAAACAUUAGCUGAGUGUUUCCAGGGGAAAACAGUUUAAUGGAGGGGGGGGGGGGGUCAUGUGGUUAUGCUGUACAGUGUUCACUGAUUUUAAUCCUUUUGUUUUUGGGGGAAAAGGUUUCGUGUUGAGUUCAUUCAAAUAUUUUUUUGAGGGUGUCUUUGUGUACAUCCUGUCGGUGGGAUAUUUUAAACUGAAUGGAAAACCAGAUUUUUUCAGGUGUCCAGUUUCAUGUUCACUCUGGUGCUGCUGUGAUUUCAGCCCCCCUUCGAGGACAGAUAAGCUCUAAAACAGACGUAAAGCCCAACAGUGCGGUUUCCCCCAAACGUCUCGUUAAAAAAAAGUUGCUCUGAGCCGGAAAGUCCAGAAAAGUACUUGUAAUUGAAAUUGAGAAACUUGGAGAGUAAACAGUCUGGAAAAAAAGGCUAGCCACAUUUGCUUAGACCCCCUGGGCAAAACCUGUAAAUGAAACAUCUGGACAGCGUUUGUCUGUCUCUGUGAAGAAUACACUUUUAACUUACACUGAACAUCUUCCAUUCAAAAUUCCAAAGAUUUCAGGAACUUCUAGAAGGUUUUAGAUGAAGCAUGAACGAGUGAGUAGAAGGUGAGAUCAAUUCCAAAGGGCUGCUGCGGAAGGAGGACUGGAAAUGUGUCUUUAAAGUCACUAAAAUAAUCAGCUGUAUCGUCACAUGUCCUCAGUGCCAAUCUGCAGUAUAAAGAGUUCCUCUGUUAGGAAACUAAAUGGUCCCCUCAGAUGUUGCUCUAAUCCCUCUGUUAAAUUGUAAAUGCAAUCAUCUCAGUUGCAUUCUUCCUGCAGGGCUUCUGAAUGCAUACCUUCUAAAUAUAGAGGCAAACUUCUUCUGAUUAUUUCCAUGUCUGCACAAGUUCUGAAAACAUAAACUCCCCCCCCCAGCUGUAGGGUUUGUGAUGUUAGUCACAUUUCACAGCUGCACAUCACACCGCCUGUUACUGGGGUUCAUGUGGACAAGGAAGUAAAUGUGUACCGUAAUCAGCGUCACAGAAAUGUGUUUGAAAUUGGGAUUGCACUCUGAAAGAUUGAAUUAGGGCCAAAUUACCUUUCAAACGUUCAUUUUGGACCAUAUAAAAAUUGUUUUAACCCCAACAAAGGUCCACUUUUGAUCUUUUUUAUUAACUUUCAACUGCAGAUAUAAGUUUUCCAUAGCUCCAAACUUCCAUUAUUAUUAUUGUGGAAGCUAAAGAACAUUUUCAGGACUUCUAAUCGUUCAAAAUUCAAUAUUCCUUUUUGUAUUCUUGACGAUUUUCCACAAAAUGGUAAAAAGAAAAGGAAAAUCCUGCCUUAUCUUCUACUUGUAAAUAGUUCCAUACUGAAAAUAACACAUUUAAACCUGAGUCACUUUCUUCCACUACAUUGUUUGAUUGCCAAUAUACUGUAUGUCUGUUAACACCCUUUUCACAGGACUAUGGUCUGACUGUCUUUUGACCAAAAUAGCUUAAAGUUCAUCCAUCAAAUUGUUGGAAAUCUUAAAGAAACUAAACUGUUUUAUCUUUUUAUGUUCAUGCAUUUGUUUUUUUUACUUGUUGGCAUGUUUUAAAGUGUACAUACCAGGAGCGUUUGUUGAAAUAAAAGCCAG